GGAGGUUGAGAAAAUCACAGAGCAAGAAAGGGAAAGGGAGAUAGUUGCAGCGGUAGCGGAGGAAGCAUCGUCCCUUUGAACAUCUUUCUUGGACAGAAGGAUAAAAGACAGUCCCAGGAAUCAGUGGCUUGCUCCUAUCAGCUGGAUUUACCCAGCCUGGGUUUGUUCCCCCCUUCUACCUCUGUUCUCCUCCUGGCUCCGGACCYGCCUGCUUUCACAUCUCUUCCCCGGCUGUCCCGGACUCUCUGGGUGUGUGCCCGUGUGGGUUUAUGAAAGAAAAGGCGACAGAGAGCGAGCUUCCUGCUGCCGCUUAGAAACGGACAGCGAGUGCGUGACCCUUUGCCCGGGGGUUCUGGGGCGAGAGCGAGCGGGUCGAGAGCGGGGGCGUGAUCGGGGGCUGACCCUUGCACCGCUCUGUCUGUGUGCAUCCGUGUGACUGUCUGAGGGGGGUUUGUGUAUGUGUGUAUGUCUUCUUAGCUGGCUGGGCGGUCCCAGCCUCACGCUUGGUUAGCGAGGACCAGAGAGCAGGGAUGACAGGCUGAGCUCCAGCCCAGCCUCACCACACACAGAGCCUUGUUUCUGGGUGGCUGUGAGGGCACCGUGUCUCUCCUGCUCUCUCAUCCAGGACAGGAUCGGCUGCCUGCGCGUUUUAAACAAGUUCCUCUCACUUCAUGACACGUAAACAGUGACAAUGUUCGGACUAAAAGCGCCUCUUUACUAUUUACCAGGCAUGAGCCAUGAGCCAAAGUCACCAUCAUUAGGAAUGAUCUCAACGGCGACCCGUACAACGGCGACGGUCAGCCCCCUCACCCCGUCACCUCUGAACGGCUCCAUCGUAGCAAAUGGAAGCCCAGCUGCCCAGUCAUCCCACUCUGGAUUCGCCGCAGCCCUCCGUAAACUGGCAAAACAGGCAGAAGAACCUCGAGCUGCAUCCUCCAUCAGCAGUGAGUCAUCUCCAGUCUCCUCUCCAGCCACCAACCACAGCUCUCCAGUCAGUACACCCAAGAGAGGUCCUCUUGGUCCAGGACCUGUGCUGGUUCCCCCAGCAGGUCACAGUGUGCCAAACACUCCGCCUGUAGUCACCAUAGCUCCUACAAAAACAAGCAACGGCCUGUGGAGGAACGAGGGCCGUCAGGCUGACUCGGGGCCCCGUGGGGCCAGCAGGGAACGUCUGGCUGCGGAGGGGACCUUCUCCCAGGAAAAAGGUGGCCCCUCGGUCCCUGCUCACCUCCUGGGAAACCCCUAUGCCUUUGGUCUCACCCCUGGUGCUGUCAUGCAGGAUUCACGGUUUCCGCCCCUUAACCUGCCCAGACAGUUGCCUAAUGCGGUGCCCCCUGGUGCUGUACCAGAGGAGUACCUCCGGAGUUUUCGGCCCUACGCCACAGCCGAGGAUUCCCUCAGGAUGCAGUCUCUGCCCCUUGGCCUGGACCCUGCAGCAGCAGCGGCUGCAGCCGCCUACUACCACCCAAGCUACCUGCCCCACCCCUCCUUCACGCCGUACAGGAUGGAUGACCCGUUCUGCCUCUCUGCUUUAAGGUCACCUUUCUAUCCACUGCCAGCAGGGGGAGCUUUAACCCCCCUCCAUCCUUCUGCUGUUCACAUGCACCUACCAGGCGUCCGCUACCCUGGAGAUUUUGCACACCCUUCAUUAUCAGCACUGCAGUCUGAGAGACUCCAGCUGGAAGAUGAGCUGCGACAGCGUGAGAGGGAACGCGAACGAGAGCGCGAACGUGAAAAAGAAAGAGAGCGCGAGGCUGAGCGGGAGAAGGAGCGCGAGAGGGAACGCGAACGGGAACGGGAGAAGGAGCUCGAGAGGGAAAGGGAGCGCGAACGGGAACGGGAACGGGAGCGUGAGAGAGAGCGCGAGAAGGAAAAAGAGAGGGAGAAAGAGCUGGAGAGGCAGAAGGAGAGAGCUCUAAGAGAGAAGGAGCUGCAGGCAUCCAAGGCCAUGGAGAACCACUAUCUGGCGGAGCUCCACUCCAUGAGAGGACAGGAGGAGCGAAGCAAACCUGAGAGGCUGACCCCUAACCGGGCUGAGAAAGCCAAAGAGCCUGCUCUUCCAGCUCCCAAACCAGUACCGCCUGGAAUCCACCCAUCAAUGGUCCAACCCCAUCAUCACGUUUCCAGUCUGAUCUCCAACCAUGCCCUCUACAUGGGCUCUGGCGCUGUGGGCACGGGACUCGCCGCCUCAUUGAUCACGCAUAGGGCCAACGAGGAGGAGAGAUGGUUGGCACGGCAACGCAGGCUGAGGCAGGAGAAAGAGGAUCGCCAGUCCCAGGUGUCUGAAUUCCGCCAGCAGGUUCUGGAGCAGCAUCUGGACCUGAGCCGGCCCGCUGACGUACCGGAUCACAGGACAGACUCUCACAGGUCCAUGCAAAACCACCACGAGCCAGGAAGCAGAGAACAUCACCCCCACUUAGGCGCCCCUCCACCCCUCAUCUCGCCCAAACCUCCACAGCCCCCACGUGAACACCACCCGCCACCUCCAACCACCCUGUGGAACCCCGCCUCUCUUAUAGAAACUGCCUCAGAAUCCAGACGUAGCCACGAGCCCUCAGGGAUGGGCCACUUUGAGCUCAGUCGGGGCCCCCAGGGGCCCUCGAAAUAUGAAGACGGAACUCGAAGGAGAGACAUGGCGGUGAUUGAGAAAUACCCACCUCACAGAACUCCCCUAGUGCUCUCUGAGCACGGAACCUUCCUUGCUGAUCUGGAGAAAUCCACCCAGUCCUUCCUCAGCCAGCAGAGGGCGUCCAUGUCUUUGCCAAGUCAGUACGAAAUGGAGGGAAGCUUAAAAAUCCAUGCUGGACUGAAGAACCUGCAGGGACAUCCAGUGCACAGCAGGCAUGGACAAAGUCUCGGAAUGACGGCAGGAGCUGGGAUCGGACCGCUAACCGCGCAGGGGCCGGGCCCAGACACGGCGCUGAUCUAUGAUGAGUUCCUGCAUCAGCACCGAAGGCCUGUCAGUAAGCUGGACCUGGAGGAGAAGAGGAGAAGGGAGGCCAGAGAGAAAGGUUACUACUAUGAGCUGGAUGACUCAUAUGAUGAGAGUGAUGAGGAGGAGGUGAGAGCCCAUCUCAGGAGGGUAGCAGAGCAGCCCCCACUGAAACUAGAUGACUCCACAGAGAAAUUAGAGUUUCUGACCAUGUUCAGCCUGACCACCGUGAGCCGGCGUGAUGAGCUUGUGCAGCAAAAGAGAAGGAAAAGGAGGAGAAUGCUCAGGGAACGCAGCCCUUCACCUCCUGCUUCACAGUCCAAGCGCACGCCCCCACCCCCUCCUGCUCAGCUCAGCACACGCUUCACUCCGGAGGAAAUGGACCGAGCACCAGAAUUGGAGGACAAAAAGCGAUUUCUCACCAUGUUCAAACUCUCUCAUGUCACCGUGCAGGAGAGAAAAGACAAUGAAAGAGUGGUGGAACUGCUUCAAGCCAUUAAAGAAAAAAGUGUGACCUUGGAUACAAUCAGACAUGCACCUCAUCCACUGUGCAAGAGCCCUCCAGCACAUGUUUCUGAUCCAGCAUUUACUCAGCACUCUUCUGAAUCUGAAGACCACCAUAAUGUCAGACAGCAUAGUCCUCCGUCACAUUGCCCAGCAUCCCCCAAUGGUCAUCCAAAACCCGUUGGGGAUACCUUACGGCCAAAGGCGCCCCCCUCUCCAGCUGUCUAUCCAGAUAAGGCCCGGGGGCCCGUUGAGGGACCCGUCCCGAAGAGGAACUCCAGCUUGCUCAACAGCUUACGGCCGCCGCUCCCCAUGCAGGCUAAAGAGGGACUUCACAGCGUCAAUGGCCGCACAAAACCCUGGGACAGCUUCACCCCGGAGGAAUUCGCCCAGCAGUUCCAUGAAUCUGUUCUUCAGUCCACUCAAAAAGCUCUGCAGAAACACAAAGGAGUGGCAGCAAAUGUGUCGGAUUCAUCUCACCUCCAGGAGUCCUCGGUCCACUAUAACAUUCCCGAGCUUCAGAACGCCCCUAGCCGUCCGCCUCAGCCACUUUCCCAGCCUCACUCGAAUGCACCACCAUUUCCCCUGCCCCUUUCCCACUCCCUCUCCCACCCUCAGUCCAAUGGACAGCACUUUCCAUUGCCCCUCCACAAGGAGGCAGCAGUGAUUAGGGAGGACCUGUCUGGUCCAGAUGACUCAGAAGAGGAAGAUGAGGAGGAGGAAGAGGAGGCUCCAGUGUCCAAGUGGCAGGGAAUCGAAUCUAUAUUUGAAGCAUAUCAGGAAUAUGUUGAAGAGCAAACUUUGGAGAGACAAGUAUUACAGAGCCAGUGUCGAAGACUAGAAGCUCAGAACUACAACCUCAGUCUGACUGCUGAGCAGCUGUCUCACAGCAUGGCGGAGCUGAUGUCACAGAGACAGAAGCUGGCAGUGGAGCGGGAGAAGCUACAAGCAGAGCUGGAGCACUUCAGGAAGUGUCUGACACUCCCGCAGACACACUGGCCGAGAGGCAGCCAUUACAAAGGAUACCCUCCAAGGUGACCCCGACACGCCAACCUGAAGACCCCCCGCUCCCGGCCGCCUCCCCUUCAGACUUAGAGUUUAUUUUUUCACGGCCUCGUCCUCGUGGCUUUCAUGGAGGGGAACGUGGCUGGCUAGAUAAGAUUAGUGAAUUAAACGGCUUGAGUGAAUGAAUAAACAGGUGAAUGCACAAGAGACAGGACCAUUCAUUGAAGGACAGUUAGUCUUUGGAGUGUGGCUUGCCAGGGACUGCUCCAAAAGCCACUGAUGCGUGCCAAUGUAGCCAACCCAGAGAUCAGCGAGGCAGGAGAACCUGAAGAUCAACACACAGUUACAAGCAAAUACCUGCUAGUCACAAUCUUUAGCUCCUGCUGCUCUGCUGUUUAGUUCCUGCAUCCCUCACCACCACAGCCACACAGACAAUCCUGCCAAUGAAGGAGCAGCUUGCCCCCCUUUGCCCCUCGAGGGGUUUCAUCACAAGACUUGAAAGCUCCAAAUCUCCAAACGAAGGCUUCCGGCCAGUUGGGACAGAUUUUUACCACAACGGCCACGUGAGCUUUUGAACUGGAAAUGCACUUAAUAAAAGCUGAAGAACUACCUGUUGGUACUGUGUUACAACAAAGAACUAUUCAAAUUAGGGAAAACCUUAGAAAAUGUACAUUUUUUUGAAAAGAAUUAAGGAAAUGUUUUAUUUCAAAAUAGAAAGUUUGAAAAUAAGAAUUUUAAAGGGUGCUUYAGCCUUGUAUUGUACAUAAUAUGAAGACUUAAAUGAAUUUUGUAUGUUUUUAUUACUUUAAUCAUUGUUCUUUUAAAAGAAAAGCCUGCCAUUUUUAUAUGUUUAUGCUUUUU